AUGUCAUUACCUCUUCCGUCUCUAGGUUCUGUCGCCACGAUACUACUUUCUCAUUACCUGGUUGUCAUCUUUACUACUUUCGCUCUUGGAUAUGUGGUGUAUCAACGCUUUUUCGCUCCCUUAGCUGGUGUGCCUGGACCUUUCUGGGCAAGCUUAGGAAAGGGAUGGUUGAUAGUCAGAGCGAAGAAGGGGGACCUUCAUAGAGAAUUGAUACGGUUGCAUGAGCUUCAUGGACCGCUGGUGAGGGUUGCACCUAAGGAAGUGAGCGUAGCAGAUCUCGACGGCGUCAAAAUGAUCUACGGCGCUGGUUCCCAAUUCCAUAAAUCAGACUGGUACUCGGUCCUCAAAGGCCGCCGCACCUUCGACCCUUUCGCCGAACAAGACCUCCACGUCCACGCCGCGCAGAAGAAACUCGUCAUCCGUCCCUAUGCCAUGGAAACCCUGAAAGACCUCGAAACCUACGUCGACUCUACAGUUUAUCACUUCAUCACCCGUAUGCGCGAGAAAAUGACAGACACGAUUGAUCUGGGCAAGUGGUUCCAACUGUUUGCUUUUGAUGUCAUUGGCGAAAUUACGUUUUCUAAACGCUUUGGGUUCAUGGAUACGGAACAUGAUGAUGGCAGUCUCAAGUCUGUGGAAAGUACUUUGGCUUCUGCGGCGUGGCUGGGUCAUGUUCCUUGGGUUUUCUGGACGCACGAUUACCUCAAGCCCUGGAUUGGGAAUUGGCUGGGUGUUACCAACCGCACUGGAAGUCUCAUGCAACGCGCCUUGAAGGAAGUGGAAGAACGAAAAUCAAGAGGCACUGACCGAAAUGACUUUUUGGAAAAGUUUUUUAGGUUGCAGAGGGAGAAGCCUGAUCAAGUUACGGAUACGGCGGUGAUUAGUAUGGCUGCUGCUAAUAUUACCGCCGGCUCGGAUACGACUGCGAUUUCAUUGAGGAGUAUCAUCUAUCAUCUGUUGCAGAACCCGCAACACCUGGCUACACUGAGACAGGAAAUCGAACUAGCGGAAAAGGAACAUAGACUCAGUGACCCAGUCACCAUGGACGAAGCAGACCACCUCCCUUUCCUCCAAGCAACAAUCCUCGAAGGCCUUCGCAUCCACUCUGCCAUCGGAGGCCUCCUGCCCCGCCUCGUCCCCUCCGGCGGCUGCAUAAUCGCCAACACCUACAUACCCGCUGGCCAUGUAGUCGGCGCCUGUGCGUGGGUCAUCAACCGCAACAAAACCAUCUUUGGCCCCGACGCAGACUCCUUUAACCUUCACCGCUGGCUCAACAAAGAAAAUAGAUCCGAGAUGCAGAGAUAUUUCCUGACGUUUGGGGGCGCUAGUCGCCAGUGUUUUGGCAAAAAUAUUGCGUUUAUGGAGAUGACGAAGAUGGUGCCGACGUUUUUGAGGCAUUUUGAUGUCGAGUUGGUGGAGCCGGAGAGGCCGUUGAUUGAAAAGAAUUAG